GUCACUGGCCCGCCGCGCGGAUCCGCCGCGCCAGAUUUACCAACGCGUACGCACGCACGUGCUCGCACGAUUUUUUCAGUGGGAUUUUUGUGACUGUGUGUGUUGGACUGUGUGGUGGUUUGCUGUUUACUUUGGAAGAUUAAAACUUGAACGAUGCGGCAGCGACGCGGGCUGGCUAUAGGCGUCCUCCUCAUAUUACACUUGAGUGGAGCUCUAAGUGACCAAACAUCAAACGAGAGUGGCGGGGGUGGCGGGGGCGCGAGUCCAGACUCCAACAACUCCGUGGAGCCGUCAGCUGACCAGCUGGCCAUGGAGUCUUCGGAGCGGGAGACGCCGAGCCACGCGUACAACGGACCGCCGCCGCCGGCGCCACCGCCGCACAACAGACGACAAAACCCACCGCAUCAUCAGCAACACCAUGCUUUAGGUAUGCCGAGGAUCACGAAUCAUCAUCCUAUCCACUCGAAACCAUUUGCUCUCGGGCCGCCAGUUAGUCAUCACAAGAACGACAUUGGACCUGGCUUCAGAGGUCCACCUCCUCAAUCUGCGGCUCCUACCGAUGCGCAAACAUCUGCCAGCGACAAAGUGUUCAGUGGAGCUGGAGAUGUGUGGCCAGCUCCUGCUCCUGAUAUGCCGAAAAUCGUUUCUUUGGACGUCAAAUGUGAAAAGAACGCCAUGCGAGUUUUUCUGAGUUUUGACAAACCAUUCUUUGGCAUAGUGUUCUCUAAAGGACAUUAUUCCAACCAUCAAUGCGUUCAUCUGCCACCCAACCUAGGCAGAACAACAGCAUCAUUUGAGAUUGGUGCUCACGCUUGUGGAACAGCCGGUAGUGGGGAUCCCAGAUACAGAGGAGAUGUGACCGCCGCUGGUACAUACUUUGAAAAUGUAAUAGUUAUUCAAUAUGAUCCACAGGUCCAAGAGGUAUGGGAUCAGGCUCGAAAAUUACGUUGUACAUGGCAUGAUCAGUAUGAAAAGGCAGUCACUUUCCGACCUUUCCCAGUAGAUAUGUUAGACGUUGUACGCGCCGAUUUUGCUGGUGACAACGUUGGAUGUUGGAUGCAAAUCCAAGUGGGUAAAGGACCAUGGGCCUCGGAAGUAUCAGGUCUCGUGAAGAUUGGCCAAACUAUGACUAUGGUAUUGGCCAUUAAAGAUGAUGAUGCGAAGUUCGAUAUGCUUGUACGAGACUGCGUAGCUCACGACGGUCAACGCGCUCCUAUACAAUUAGUCGAUAGGCGAGGCUGUGUAACACGACCGAAGUUAAUGUCGAGAUUUACAAAGAUUAAGAAUUUCGGGGCUAGUGCUUCUGUUCUUUCAUACGCACACUUCCAAGCAUUUAAGUUCCCUGAUUCCAUGGAAGUGCACUUUCAAUGUACCAUACAGAUUUGCAGGUAUCGCUGCCCUGAGCAAUGUUCUGAUGGCGGUCAAAAUGUUAUUGCUCCCCAUGCCGAAUAUGGACCUCCUCAAAUCGACGCUUUCCCAGUCGGCGCUGAAGUACGAAGAGACGAGCGAAGAGUGCGAAGGCAACGCCGUGCUACAUCACCUGAGAAAGAAGUUGGAGUAAAUCGAGUGAUACGUGUUGUUUCCGCCGGAGAUUUAAAUUUAGAUUCUACGGAAGAAACUGCUGCUCCUAGAAUUGUACCCAAUCCUGGUCUAGUUUGUAUGACUACUCCAGGGUUCGCAGCGACCCUCGGAGCACUUCUUGCCACAUUAGUAUGUUCGUGCGCUGUAUCAGCAGUGCUGUUCUUAAAACUACGACCAAUUACAACUUUAAAGAAGAAAACAGCUGCCAUUGCGACGAUAGCCCGGCCGCACCCACCGACAGCUCGGUUUUAUUCGUAACAUUCAUUGAUAUAAUUUAAUUUGUACAUAUUAGUGUGAUGAGACUGAAGUAUGUAGACCAUUCCAAUUUCAUUAACCUGUGCUAAAAAGUUUGCUCAAUAUGUUAACAAUCCGAUUCAUACAUACAUUCAAAAUACUGAUGUUUAAAUUAAUAAAAUGUAUCUAUUUAAUUAGAUAUGCCUAUACGAUUUCAUCCAUAUCAUUGUUCUCGAAAACUUCAGUGACGUCGUCAAUUUGUCUCCUAUAUUUAUAUAUACAAAAUUAUGGAUUAGUCUUUCGUUCUGUAAUAUUGAUAUAUCUGAUAUUUAUUGAAAGGAAACUACCUAUGUACUUAACUCUUAAUUAGGACAAAUUAUUUUUAUACGACACAAAUAUAGUAUUAAAUAAUAUAAGUACCUACAAUCUUCUGUUACCUCUUUGCAAAUAAGAGUAGGUAUUUUAUUUGUCUCAGGGGCAACGGAAAAUACACGCGUGGUAAUAACAAUCAACGUUUAGGUGAACCGCUAGUAAAAUAAAUUAAAAUAACUUGUCAUUAGUAUUAAUAAUUAUUUAUUCUAGGUAAGUUUAUUGCUGUAGCCACAUUGCUACAUGUAAUAUAUUUAUGUUAUACCGCCUCAGUACCUCUUCUUUUUAUUAUUUAUUGUUUUUCUCUGCAGAUUUAAAGGGUUUAUUAUGAUGUUACAUAUUUGUUAUUUUUUAGUUUUUCAUUGUGAUUGUUUUUAUUUAUUUAUAUAGAAUGUUUGAAAGCAUGCCAUCAUUCUUAAUACCUAAACAUAAUCAAACAUAUUAAAGCAUUACCUAUUCUGUUUGACGGUUAUACAUCUGUAUAAGUGUAGAAAAUAAUAUUUGAAAAAAUAAACUCAAUACG